AUGAGUGAUGAUGAUACAGAAAUUCAAUAUACAUAUAGGAAUUAAACACAAACUUUGAAAGUGAAAUUGAAUGAUUUCAUUUAUACCAAAUUUCAAAAUUUACUAAAUAUUGAUGAAGAUGAAUUUGUCAUAAUAAUCGAUAAUGAUUAUGACUAGAUUAUUCGAAAAAAAUCAUAAUUUUCCGAAACAGAGAAUAAAAAUUAUUACAUUUACAAUAUUAAAGAUUUAUUGAAGGAAAAGAUUCCUGCUGUUGAAAAAAUUGCAAAAGAUAAAAAUCAAUAGGAAUAAAUUUUACAUAGUACCAUUAUUAUAAACGCAGUUAAUCCUACACCUUUAGCAGAAGACUAAAAUGAUGACAUUUUCUAAUCUGUCACUCUAUAAGUACCAUAUAGAUGUUAUAAUUGUGAAAGUGUGAUCUUGAAGGACUAUAUUUAAUUGGAAUGCUUACAUCAUCUUCAUUAAGAAUGUUUUUUAGAAUUAAUAAAGAAUUAAAUAAAAAAUAAUGGCUCAAGUUUAAAAUGCCAAUGUAAUAAAUAAAUAAGAAUGAAAUUAGUUAGGGAAUAUAUAUCUGAUAAAGAUCUAAUUAAAAAUUAUUUUACAAAUCAACUCAAAAUAAUUCAAAUGGAUUAAUAAAAAUUAUUUAAAAUAUGCUAGAAAAAAAAAAGUGAAUAAUGCUCAUUCUUUUAUAUUGAGACUAAUAAUUAGAGUGUUUCUUAUUGCGAAGAAUGUGAUGAAUAAAAAUAGACACAAAAUAUCUAAAACUGA